CGCGCAAUUCGGGCUGGAGCGCUUUAAAAAACAAGCGUGCGAGCGGAGAUGCUGCUCCACACGGAUCAGGCGGCCUGCAGCAGCAACGCUCUCUGCCCCUGCGGCGGCUGCAGCCAGGGCCGCUCCCCAGGCCCGCGUGGCGGCAGCGGGCACGGCCCGGCCCCGAGGCGCUUCUCCUCGGCGCCCCCGCCGUGGGGCAGGAGCGCGGCGCCCAGCGCGGCGGUCGUGCUCUAAGCGGCAGAGGCCCUCGGCGACCCAGACGUUGCCCUCCGACCGCGGCUCGCUCCCGGCCCCCUGCCGGGGCACCAUGGACACCUCCCCGGUUGGCGUGCUCCUGUCCUUGCCGGUCCUGCUGCAGCUGGCGGCCGUGGGCGGCUCGCCGAGGCCCGGCGCGCUGCUGCGGGGGUGCCCCGCGCACUGUCAGUGCGAGCCCGACGGCAGGAUGCUGCUCAGGGUGGACUGCUCGGACUUGGGACUUUCGGAGCUGCCCUCCAACCUCAGCGUCUUCACCUCCUACCUAGACCUCAGUAUGAACAACAUCAGUCAGCUGCCCCCGAAUCCCCUGUACAGUCUCCGCUUCCUGGAGGAGUUACGUCUUGCCGGAAACGCUUUGACAUACAUUCCCAAGGGAGCGUUCGCUGGCCUUUACAGUCUUAAAGUUCUUAUGCUGCAGAAUAACCACCUAAGACAGGUACCGACGGAAGCUCUGCAGAAUUUGCGAAGCCUGCAGUCCCUGCGGCUGGAUGCCAACCACAUCAGCUACGUGCCGCCCAGCUGUUUCAGUGGCCUGCAUUCCCUAAGGCACUUGUGGCUAGAUGACAACGCCUUGACAGAAAUCCCUGUCCAGGCUUUCAGAAGUUUAUCAGCGCUGCAGGCCAUGACCUUGGCCCUGAACAAAAUACACCACAUACCAGACUAUGCAUUUGGAAACCUCUCCAGCUUGGUAGUUCUGCAUCUCCAUAACAAUAGAAUUCACUCCCUGGGAAAGAAAUGCUUUGAUGGGCUCCACAGCCUAGAGACUUUGGAUUUAAAUUAUAAUAAUCUUGAUGAGUUCCCCACUGCCAUCAGGACACUCUCCAACCUUAAAGAACUAGGAUUUCACAGCAACAAUAUCAAGUCAAUACCUGAGAAAGCAUUUGUAGGCAAUCCUUCUCUUAUUACAAUACAUUUCUAUGACAACCCCAUCCAGCUUGUUGGAAGAUCUGCUUUUCAACAUUUACCCGAACUAAGAACGCUGACUCUGAACGGCGCCUCACAAAUAACUGAGUUUCCUGAUUUAACUGGAACUGCAAGCCUCGAGAGUCUGACUUUAACUGGAGCCCAGAUCUCAUCUCUUCCUCAAACCUCCUGUGACCAGCUACCUGAUCUGCAAGUGCUAGAUCUAUCUUACAACCUGCUAGAAGAUUUACCCAGUUUUUCAGUCUGCCAAAAGCUUCAGAAAAUAGACCUGCGGCAUAAUGAAAUCUAUGAAAUUAAAGGUGACACUUUCCAGCAGCUGCUUAGCCUCCGAGCUCUGAAUUUAGCCUGGAACAAAAUUGCCAUCAUUCAUCCCAAUGCAUUUUCCACUUUGCCAUCUCUAAGAAAGCUGGACCUAUCCUCCAACCGCCUGUCGUCUUUUCCUGUAACGGGGUUACAUGGUUUAACUCACUUAAAAUUAACAGGAAAUCAUGCCUUACAGACCUUGAUAUCAUCUGAAAACUUUCCAGAACUCAAGGUUAUAGAAAUGCCUUAUGCUUACCAGUGUUGUGCAUUUGGAGUGUGUGAGAAUGUCUAUAAAAUGUCUAAUCAAUGGAAUAAAGAGGACAACAGCAGUACAGAUGACCUUCAUAAGAAAGAUGCUGGAAUGUUUCAAGUUCAAGAUGAGCGUGAUCUUGAAGAUUUCCUGCUGGACUUUGAGGAAGACCUGAAAGCCCUUCAUUCGGCGCAAUGCUCACCUGCCCCAGGCCCCUUCAAGCUCUGCGAGUACCUGUUUGGUAGCUGGCUGAUCAGAAUUGGAGUGUGGACCAUAGCCGUUUUGGCGCUGACUUGCAAUGCCUUGGUGACCUCGACCGUGUUCAGAGCCCCUCUGUACAUUUCCUCCAUAAAACUGCUCAUCGGGUUAAUAGCGGCAGUGAACAUGCUCAUGGGGGUCUCCAGCGCUGUGCUGGCUGGUGUGGACGCAUUCACUUUCGGCAGCUUCGCACAGCAUGGGGCGUGGUGGGAGCAGGGGGUCGGUUGUCAAGUCGUCGGGUUUUUGUCCAUUUUUGCUUCGGAAUCGUCUGUUUUCCUGCUUACCCUGGCAGCCCUGGAGCGUGGGUUCUCUGUGAAAUGCUCCGCAAAAUUCGAAAGGAAAACUCCUUUCUCCAGUCUGAAAGCAAUCAUUCUGCUCUGCGCGGUGCUGGCCUUGACCAUCGCCACGGUCCCGCUGCUGGGGGGCCGUGAGUUCAGCGCCUCCCCGCUCUGCCUGCCCUUGCCGUUCGGCGAGCCCAGCACCACAGGCUACAUGGUCGCGCUCGUCUUGCUCAACUCCCUUUGCUUCCUGGUGAUGACCAUUGCCUACACCAAGCUCUACUGCAGUUUGGAAAAGGGAGACCUGGAGAGUAUGUGGGACUGUUCUAUGGUGAAACACAUUGCUCUGUUGCUCUUCACCAACUCUAUCCUGUACUGCCCCGUGGCUUUCUUGUCCUUCUCCUCCUUACUAAACCUCACCUUCAUCAGUCCUGAAGUAAUUAAGUUUAUCCUUCUGGUGAUUGUCCCGCUUCCCGCGUGCCUCAAUCCCCUUCUCUACAUCCUCUUCAAUCCCCAUUUUAAGGAAGAUCUGGGGAGCCUGGGAAAGCAAACCCACUUCUGGACAAGAUCGAGAAACCCGAGCCUGAUGUCUAUUAACUCAGACGAUGUCGAGAAGCAGUCCUGUGACUCAACCCAAGCCUUGGUAACCUUCACCAGCGCCAGCAUCGCCUACGACCUGCCUUCCAAUGCCGUGCCACCACCGGCUUACCCGGUGACCGAAAGCUGUCACCUUUCAUCUGUGGCGUUUGUCCCAUGUCUCUAAUUAACCUGUGGAAGAAAAAGUUUUCAAACAGUGAGAACCCAAAAAUAUGAGAUUGGGUACAUCAGAGCAGUAACUAAAAAGAGCUGAGUGGAGACUUUGUUUUUGGUAUCUCUCGGUGCGGAAAAAGCUGAAAACCUGUUGAUACAGGAGAGUGAAAAAUAAGUCUAAAUGCUGCUUGUAUAAUUCAUUCAGAUAUAAGAGAGAGAUCAGCCACGCCAAUUAGGUAUGCCCAGAUUUUAAAAAGCAGAUUUGAAAUGUUCAAAUAAGAUUCUCCAUGAUUUCAACUGAAUUCUUUUUAAACCCACCCAUCUAAUUAUUUGGGGAGAGGGGCAGAACUACUUGCUUACAAAAGAGGUUUUAAACCUGAAAACCCCUUAAAAGAUGGUUAGAGGUGUUUGGAAAAUAGGGUUUUAAACGGCCGACAUUACUAAGUAGAGGCUGUGACCAGUAGGAUUUCAUUUUAAUGACCAUGUGGAUGUUUUAGCCUUUGUUUGCCUUUCCUCCCAAAGGAUCCUUCCAGGUCACCAAUCCCCUCUGAAUGGAUACUGUGGGGCAUUCUUAGUCAUAUUUACAUCGUUUUUUGACAUGCCACAUUUCAGCACCAGGUGGUUCCACCUCAGUGAAGUAAAACUGCCUACAAAUAUUUUGAAAGGAAAGUAAACUUAAAUUCUUAAAUUGCCAUGCAGGCCAUCAUGUAGAAGUGCGGUCGGUCAACUCUGUCUAAUUCCUUGUUAACUCCUUGUUGUCCAGCACUCAGAAUAAAAGGCCAUGGCUGGCAAUGGAAAGACCUAGAAAAAAUGGUGAGCAACCUGGGAGGAUUUUGGUGUGUUUGUUUGUUUGUAUUUCAGGUGCGUGCACACUUUUUGCAGGUGGUUUUAUCAGUCGAGUCAAACUAAUGUGCAUCUUAAGGAAAUGAUCAAAUGCACACCGACAUAAAUUAAAUCCACUGGCAUAAUAACUGCUCACACGUUCUCUCUAGUAGCUCUAGCAACGACGUCUGAAACCACUUUGGACUCAGCAGGGACUUGGUAACGUAUCCUGUUUCUUUAGCUCGGUUUUAGCUGUGCUGUCUCUGGACCAACCCACUUGAUGUCAGGAACAUGACUUCUCUGCUUAUUCCGUAUGUAAUACAUGUGUUAAGUAUUUUAAGAGACAAAAUUAUUAAAUACUAAAGGUCAAUGGAUUAAUUUGUAACUUCUAUUAUGCUACAUUAGCUUCAAGACAACCAAACCAAAAGAAUCUUAGGUAGAUUUAUUUUUAUAUAAGCAUGUCUAUUUUGAUCAGAUGUUUUAACUUGGAAUUGAAAAAAAAUACAUUUAUGAGAUGUUUUAUAAGAUGUGUAAAUAUAGAACUGUAUUUAUUACUACAGUAAAAAUUCAGUAACACUAAGGACCAUGAUAAUAAACCAUGUACAGUGGCGUAUUCUUCCAUAUAUAUUGUGUUUCUCUGCCCAUUUUCUUUAAAUUCAUUAACUGUAUAUAAUAUGUGUAAAUGUAUAGUACUUGUAAAUAGAUCCCAAACUUGCUUUUCUAUUGGGUACAAAAUAAAUUUGUCAUAAAAUGUGUGACUAUAAAACAAAAUAUCUUCAGCUCUUUUAUUGAGUCCACAGGCAAAUACAUGGUCUCCUAAAUGUUUUUUAUUUCUGGUGUGUAAGUACAUUUGCUAUGGAAGUAUUUGCACCUUAAUAUUUUAGGUAUUUUUGACUUAUCUCAAGAAGUAGACCCUUCACAAGGACCUCAAAAUAUAUUUACCAACUCCUGGGUUGUGUUAAGUAGGACUAAUAAGCCAUUUUGUCAUGGCAAAUGACUUGGUGAAGUUUAUUGUCCCCAGUGAGAGUUCGGAUUUCAUAGCCAGAAGCUAUUUCUUUUAUAAUGUAAAAAGAAAAAAAACUCCACAACUAGAAAGAAAUAUAUAAAUAACAAAUCAAUCUUAAAAUUAUUCAACAGGAACAUGAGUUUUCUAUAAAUUCUUCCUUUAAAAAAAUCAUAUUUCAUGACCACAUCAAGGCCAAAACAUUUUCUAAGGACAUGCGAUUCUCAGGGCACAAAGAAAUGCACUGUUCCCCUUCAGUUCCCAUCCCCCAAAACACAAGAAAUGAAAUGAUUUUCCUAACAUCUUGUGCCAAACCCUCUCAGCUUCAGCCAUGAUUCCUGCUGUCCCCAUACAGAUCGCAAAACGAAACUGUCAGAGCUGGUUGGAGGCCUGGCAUUAUUGCUAAGAUGACCCAUAUUUAAUGAGCACCCUCAGGGUAGCUGGCACUGAGAUCGCCACCCAGCCAUAGGCUAGAACCAUAUGCUUCAACCUAACCGAGUUACCAGGCAUCCAAUGGUGUCUACUGUGCAGCCCGCACUUGGUUUGUCUUCAGCUGAAACAAGGGCUCUACCAUGAUCUCACUCCUCCGACCCCAGAUGGUGGAUACAAAAGUUGCUUCUAGAACAAUGGAUCUCAGUCCUCCUUCUCAACAUACUUGCUUCUGGGUACCUAAAGUUCGGAACAAAUCCUGGCAGCCCACCUCUUUCUGCCCCUCUCAGGAAAACACAAGUCAGUAAUGUCAUUUUUUCCAAAAGGGGAAAAAAAUCCAUUCUAACGUAUUUCUUUAAAAAUCCACAAACUCUAUUACUUUAUUAGCAAAAAUUAGUUAUAAUACAUCUCACACCAAACACUGUUCUAUUGAGUGUCUGAUAAAUGCUCUCCACUAUGUUACAGUAAGUCAGAAGGGCUGGAAUUAUGUCCACAAAUCAAUCAACCUACAGUGAAAAGAAAAAAAAGAAUAAACUCGACAGAUGGAACAACAGCAAAAACAAAAACGGAAGAUCGUCAAUGGGUGGGUUAGCCUAAAGUAAGUGGUUAACUUUACGUUUUCAAAAUGGAUUCAUGGGGCGCCUGGGUGGCCCAGUCGUUAAGCGUCUGCCUUCGGUU